UUCAUUACUCGAGAUAUCGGCAAGGCGGCUUGUAGGACUGAGCCAUAGGUAGGGUAUUUGUAAAUUUUAUUGAUGAACAGGAUACUCAUGGAAUAAGACAUAAAACUGCCGUUUCAGAGAGCUUUUCUUAUAGUCUUUUUCUAUAUCCAUCAUGUUCGUGUCAAUUGGGUUACAAGAUAUCACACGCUAAAUAACGGCGGACAUUCUAACGCUUCAACUUUCUACCUUUGCUAACUACGUGGUCAUAGACCAAACAGUCCCUUAUUACCGUCACUGCGUUAAGGUCUCAUGUUCUUCAACUAGACUCUUAUUAUUAAAGAAGAUUCGAAGGAUUUGAUCUGCAUUUUCAUUAUUACAUCUGCGCCAUUUCAUUUUUAAAUACAACAAGUUGAAAAUUCCUUUGCUGAAAGAAGGCGUUUGCAGCGCCUUGGCUGACAUGGAUCGCAGACUGGAAGAGUUACCUCUGCUGGGGAGAGACAACCUCAAGAACAAUGGAAUCCCGCGACAUCGUAAUCAUUCGUCGAUCACCGUUCCACCGCAGUCACAGCUUACACUGUCAUGGAAGGAUCUGGUGGUCAACCACCAUCCCUCUCGCGGGAUCAUGGGCCGACUACGGAGGGAAAAACCGCCACCGAUGAAAAGGAUUUUGAAAGGAGUUAGCGGUGUAGCAGACCCCGGUACCCUGACAGCGUUGAUGGGAAGCAGUGGCGCCGGUAAAACCACUCUGCUGAACGUCCUCAAUCAGAGAGGGUUGGCGGGUCUCGAAGUCAAAGGUCACGUGUACCUCAAUGGAAUACCAAUCAGCGAAUAUGGCAUGCAAAGCAGCAAGCUUAUUGGCUACGUACAACAGCAUGACAUUCUCCCCGGUGAACUCACAGUCAAGGAGUACCUCACGUUUUGUGCUCAACUCACAAUGUCUAAACACCUUCCAAAUGAAGCAAAGGUGGCUAAAGUAGAUGAAGUCUUAGAAGAGUUCUCGUUACGUAAGUGCCAGGACACGGUAAUAAAAGGAAAGCAAUCUGUAUCAGGAGGAGAAAGAAAGCGAGUGUCAGUGGCGACUAAGCUGUUUGCUGAGCCAAAAUUGCUGUUCUUGGAUGAACCAACCACGGGUCUGGAUUCCUACAUGGCUGCUCUACUGGUUAGCAACCUUAGAUCAUUAGCUGAACAGGGGUACAACAUCAUCUGCACCAUCCACCAACCUUCAACCGAAGUCUUCAACAUGUUUGAUCAAUUGCUUCUUCUCGCUGACGGAACCAUCUCCUACUUCGGUCCACGCUCGGAGAGUAUAUCAUAUUUCAGCAACAUCGGGUACGAUUGUCCAGACACCUACUCACCCGCGGAUUACUUUAUUGCCCUCCUGGCCAUUGUUCCUGGUCAAGAGGCGGGUUGCCUCGACCGCGUCCAAAGGAUUGCAGAAGAAUACAAAAAGUCUUCCUUUGAAACCGAGGCUCGGCGACGACUUGCCAUUGAUUUGAGUAGGAACGCCAAAGUGGAGGAUUUCACUUCUGAUGCGCAAGAUAUAGGGUACCAGGCAGGAUGGUUCAAACAGCUUUGGUAUGUUAUGUGGAGAGGAUUCAUCUACCUCAAAAGAAACCCUGCCCUCUUGCGUACGAGAGCUAUGUUCGUAGCGUUCAUGUGCAUCGUAAUGCUUCUCAUCUACUGGAAUCCGAAAGCCAUCUACGACCAGUCUCGACUAUCUGCAGUCCAGGGUCUGCUUUAUUUCUGUUGCGCAAACUUCACCUUCGUCAACGCGUCGAGGAUUUUGGUGGUUCUGCCUCAUGAACUGCCAUUGAUGAUUCGUGAGCAUUUGGAUGGCAUGUAUUCUAUUACUGCUUAUUUCCUUGGAACGUUCAUAUCUCAGUGCUCCCUUGGUGUAGCAUUGAUGGUUUUAUCUGUGACAGCGGUGUAUUUCCUUGGCGGUCUGGAGCCCCGUCUGGAUACCUUCUUGGUCUGCCUCCUCGUACUGAUGCUCGCAUACCUCAUUAACGUUGGUUUUGUUGCCAUGCAGUCGGUUAUCUGGGAGAAACCGGGACGAACGGUUACAGUGACCACCCCUCAGAUCUUCGUCAUGAACGUCCUAGGUGGAUUCUACAUCAACCCUAGAUCUAUCCCGAUCUACAUACAACCUAUCCUUUACAUUGAUUGGUUGCCUUGGUCCUACGAGAUUCUCAACGUCAACCAAUGGGAGCAUGUCGAUCAUAUUGAAUGUGAAUGGUCCAAUCCAUCGGCCUGCUCAAACACGGGUAAAGGCGUUAUUUACCGAUACGGAUUUUCACCAUCGAACCAAGUAUUUGAUUACGCCAUUCUCUGCGGCCAAGUGCUCUUAUACCACUCUCUGACGCUCAUCAUUCUCAAGCUCAAGAUGAAAUACAAGUGGUCCGGUUAAAUGAUGGAAUGGAUUCAAGCAUAUGCGGCGACCUCAUGAGAAUUCUGGUCCACGCAGGGGGUACGAGAUGACCCUCUCCAAUAGGUUUCUGUACAAAAUUUGAAAAUCAAAGGGUGCACUCCCCCCCCCCCCGAUCGCCGGCAAUGGCGCCAAGUUUAAGGAAUCAUAACUGGAUAGUAGAGGGAAAACAAAGGACUGUAUCACCAUAGAAUAGCUUUAAUUUGUUAUCAAACUUAAGUUAUGUACCAAAUAUAUCAAUAUAUAUCAAAUAUCUUUAAUUCGUUGCCACCAAAUCGUAUACAAUUAUUUUAUAUAUAAUUAUAUGUUUUAUUGGGAAACCAAUAUCAAGUCACAAAAUUUACGAACAAUAGGUCUUAUUGGCGAAUGAUAAAAAAGUUAGAAAAUCAAAUGACUUAAAAAGCGGCAGAGUUACAUACAACAAGUGGAGCGCCUCUGGCAUUCUAACCUGCAUUACGCGAUUCAAUAUAUAUAGAAGCAGUGCUGACUUUGAAAAAUACUAUAAGAUAAUUAUUCACAAAAAACCACCAUUCAUAUAAUGAUACAAAGCUACGUUCAUUGACCCUAAAUGACAUUUGACCUUGAUCAUGUGACCUAAGACUUGUCAGUGUUACUUGAUUACCCGUAUGUCCACAUUUCAUAAAAUAUUUCCUUAAAAUUUGAAAGUUAUUACAGCAAUAUAUCAAUUACCUCCAACAUGGCCAAAGUUCAUUGAUCUUAAAUGACCUCUGACUUUGGUCACGUGAUAUGAAACUCGCACAGAAUGUUUAGUGAUAGUUGAUUAAUCCUGAUGUCCAAGUUGUAUGAAUCAGAUCCAUAAACUUUCAAAGUUAUGGUAAUUCAACAAAUAGUAUACCCCAACUUGGCAAAAGUAAUUGACCCUAAAUGACCUUUGACCUUGGUCAUGUGACUUGAAACUCAAGCAGGAUGUUCAGUAAUAUCUGAAUACCCAUAUGGCCAAGUUUUAUGAACUAGGCUCAAUUAUACUUUUGAAGUUAUGAUAUUUCCAAAACUAAACCUUAGGUUAAGAUUUUGAUAUUGAUUCCCCAACAUGGUCUAAGUUCAUUGACCCUAAAUGACCUUUGACCUUGGCCAUGUAACCUGAAACUCAAGCAGGAUCUUUGGUAAUACUUGAUUAACCUUAUGUUCAAGUUUCAUGAACUAAGUUCAUAUACUUUUAAGUAUAUAUAACUGUCGAAAGUUGCGUAAGGGAGAUGAAGACGUUGAACAAGAUGCCAAAUGCACAAGGUAAAUGUAAGUGUAUAUAUAAUGAAAUUGUGAUAAAUAUACGAAAAAUGGAUCAGGAAGUUUUUAUGGUGAAACGCUAUUUCUUCAAAUGAAUUGGCAAUUUAUUUCUCUUUUAGGCUGACAUAUAUUCAAUCUCUUUUUGUUUCCUGACAAAACAUUUAAAUGCAAUGAAAUUUUGAAGAUUGCCUGUGAAUUUACAAAUAUAUAUAUUUCAAAAAACAAAAACAAAUGUUUCUAUGAAGUGACAUCCAACAUCACGUCAAGCAUACAAUUAUUAACUGGAUACCAAAACACUUUUUUAUUCAUUAAUUCUUUAUCAUGCCACAGUGCCAUGGGAAAAUCUUAUCUUACAUCGUACCAAUUGGCGAGUAUAUAUGAAAUGUUAAGUCUAAAUCAUAUCGAUAUUUUGGGACAACGCUGACACGCUGUAUAGGGUCCCCACACUACAUAUUUGGAUUAAUGAAAAACGAUAUGAAAGAAGGGAAAGGUGAAAAUGGGAAGAGCAAAUGUAAAAGAAGAAAGAAAAGGUAUGAAAAAUGAACUCUUCUUUUAUGUCACUAUACAUCACCCUUUUUAUUGAAAAAAUAUUCCCCCGUGGGUUAUCUUGCCUACCCCAUUACACUCUAAAAAAUAUUGGGUAAAAGUGCUCCAUGAGGGUAAUUAUGUGUCCACCAACAUUUGGGCAUUUCUUUGGGGCAUUUUUAUUCAUCCAGUGUGAUGAACAUUUUGCCCAUUCUAAAGUAAUUGCUGUUAAAUGUUUUAACCUUACUGGACAGUAUGCUUCCCGCAUUGGGUAAAAUACUGCCCCAAAUUGGUUGGACACAAUUACCCUCGUGGUGGCAAAAAGUUUACCCAAUAUUUGUUUGCAGUGUAGAUCCCCUGCACCCUCUGUCAGAAUACCUUUAUCCUUACCCCUUUUGAUACUUUUAAUUAAUUAAUUUAUUUAUUUAACCAUUUAUUGGUUUUAUUUAUUUUAAACUGCUUUCCAAAGGCACCCUGCAUAUGAAAUCCUUGAUGCGAAAUAGGAAGAGAAUACCCUUUCUGAAUAAAAUUACAAAGCGAAAUUGACUAGAUAUUCAAUUAGACUAACUUUAUUACAGAGUAGGUGUCACGACCUGAUAAAGGUGGUCGAUUAAUAUCAUAACAGCUGGGAUUUGGGUCAGUGGUAUCGAUAUUAUUCCUGUCAUGAACUGAAUUACAGGCGGAAUUCGACAAUGCUAUACAUAAGAUGUCAUCAUUCCAUCAGAUCGGAUCAUUUAAUCCUUCAUUUUGGAAUUGACGUGUAUGUAAAAUGUAAUUCUUUCAUUGUAUUUAUUGACAAUUCAUCACAUUGAAAUGACGUGUAUGUAAAAUGUAAUUCUUUCAUUGUAUUUAUUGACAAUUCAUCACAUUGAAAGGCAAGUCAAAUUCUGAAGAACAAUGUGGAGUUCAAAUCGAAGGAAAUUAACUUAAACAUAAACAAGUAAAUAUUUUCUUUGAAAUCGGAAGCAAAUGAUAAGUUUGCGACGAUUUGGUUAUAAUAUAACAAGAUAUAAACUAUAUAUGACAUCUCAUAUAUAUUUACAUUUUCUGGUUCAUGGAAAUAAAGAAUAUUCUAAAUCAGCAGUGUGUAAAGUAGUGCAAUAAAAAUAUAAUCCUUAUAACCUCUUGAUAUACACGAGAAACGAAAAAUACCGCAUCCUCAUCUUCAAAUCACGUGGAACAGUCAUAAUUAAACUUAUGUGUCUGUCUUCCAGUUCUCGGUACAAUAAAUUCUAAUUUAAUGAAAAAUACGAGAAUUUGUCAUUUAUUAAAUUCAAGCCGUGUGUACUCUGGAAUAGUAUUAAAUUUGAUGUUCUAUGACGUGUCUGUUAACGAAAAAAAAAAUCCGUCAACAUGACUCAUUCCCGAACUAAGGUCCUUAGUUCGGGAAUGAGUCAAAUUUCUAAGGAUUGACAAAAUCUAUAAUUCAAAGCAUUGUUUAUAUAUGACUUAACAUUAUAAAGAGGCGUGUGUUGUAUUUA